UAAGAUUAAUUGACGCAAGUCGAUUCAUCGUAAUUGAUAUUGAAUUAUCUUUAACUAUUAUAUUGUUUUCAUUCGACUAUGUUUGUAAACAAAUUGAAAACCAUAUUGACGACAAAGAUUAAAUGUUCAUUAAAAUAUUUAAACAAUUAGAUAAUACAUUUUGAAAUAAAACAAUGACAUAUACCGAAGGAUUAAAAACAAAGUUGCCAUAUAAAUUUUCACAUUGAGAAUAGUAAAGGAAAUUAAUAUAGUAUUGUGAUUCAUACUGUAACGAAAGUGAAGAAAUGGGAAAAAAAUAACGAAUAUACUAUUCUAUUGUGUUUUAGUUAGUUUAGAGAUGAGAUCAAAAAAUAAUAAAAGAUUUAUUUAUCUUUAAUUAUAAUUAUAAGUAUUUCUAAAAGAAUACUUGAAAAUCUAAAUUAAAUUAAGCUAACUUAACUGUUAUUGUGUAAACUAACCUAACUUUUAAUUCUAAAAAUAAUAAGAUAUAAUAUAAUUAUAAAAAUAUAUAUAAUAUAAAAAUAUUUGUUAUUUCUUCUUUCACUUCUUAGUUUUUCUUUCAAUAUGAAUUCUGAUUAAAAGAAAUUAAGCAAUAAUCUGAUUUAAUCAUUGAAAAAAAUGAAAAAAAAUAAUAGAAGAGUAUUAGAAAGUAGAAAUGAAAAUAGAAGAAAUAACAGGUGUUCUAUCAUUUGACCAAGGUUUUAAUCUCUUGAAAAAGUAAAUAGAGACAUCUAUCCAUUACACUGUCAUUUUCUCUAUAUCCGUUUUAUUUUAUCUAAUGUAAACUUCAAUUUGUUCAUAACUUGACAAAUAAAUAAAUAAUAAAUUGAUAUUUUUGUACAUUAACUUUUCUAUUUGUUUUCGCUUCGAUCCUCCUAAGUUGUUCCAUUAACACUCUAUAUAUAUGUAAUCUUAUUAAUUUAAAAUUACAUAAAUUCAUUUAGCCAAUAUACUAAACAACACUCACAUUCUUGAUGUAACUUCUAUGACCAAUAUGAUUCAUUCGAUGCGAUUAAUCAAAUUCGUGAGAAGAUCAUAUUGUUUCUUCCGCGUCGUCAUUCUCUUUCAAGAUUUCUUCAUACGAAUGAAACGGUUAAUUGUCGGGGAUGCCCCACCACUUUCCAGAAUUUACAAAAGAAACGAUAAAUCCUCAGUUUCAGGAUGGUGAAUGUAAUUGUCAAGGUUGCACUAUUCCUCCGUAUUCUUCAAUUGACCGCAGAAACAGCUGAUCAGUCGCCAUGUCCCGAGUACUUCCGAUAUAUUUCAGAUUCUAUCACAGGUGAAAUCAUUGGUUUUGUUGAGAUACGAUCGCCACCAAAAGGAAUUCCUUUGACGCUUAGUGUCAAAUUGAGCAUUGCCGUUGCAUUGCCAUCGAAAUAUGUUGGUAGAUUAGAAUUAGCACAACCAAAGGAACAAUCAAUUAGAGAAGUUAUGCAGGGUAGGCCUUUACAUUAUAAAAUCCAUUUUCCACUUCCUUGGCCAAUACCCAUUUUAACUGGUUUAUGGUUUAACGAUGAACAUAUUUGUUCAGGUUUACGCGUAAGUGGACCAAUAGUCACGUUCAUUGUCCUAAAUCACACGCUGUACCCACCUUCGUUAAAGCUCAAUUUCGACUCAAAUCCCAUUAAUUUUCCUCAGCCUUUGCCAAACUUUCCAUCCACUCAAGACAAUCCACCGGUGGUAUAUCAGCCAAUCACUCCAUCACCUGACAGAUCCAUAUCAAUUGUCAACAAGCAAAAUAAGGUGGAGUGUGGUAGAAGCAGUACUAAGUUCAAUCUUCUAGUGGCUGGAGGAAUGAAUGCAUCUCGGGGUCAGUGGCCCUGGCUGGUUGCAAUUUUUGUCGUCAAAAAGAAUUUCGAGUUCCAAUGUGCGGGAACAUUGAUUACUAAUAAGCACAUUAUUACAGCUGCACAUUGUUUACUAAUAGAUAAUAUUAAUUUACCUGCUAGUACACUGCUAGUAUCCUUGGGACGCUAUCGCCUUCGAGAAUGGUCAGAAGAGGGUUCUGUAAAUCGAGAAAUAGCAGCGUACCAGCUCCAUCCUAAUUAUGACAAAGGGGGGAAUGCUGAUGCGGAUUUAGCAGUGUUGAGUCUGAGAGAGAAAGUAGAGUAUAAUGAUGUAAUCAGACCAAUCUGUCUCUGGACAGGGCCUGCACUUCUUGCCAGUGUUGUGGGAAAGUCUGGAUAUGUGGUCGGAUGGGGACGUGAUGAAAAUGGAAAUCGCCAUCUGCAAGAGCCUCGACAGAUCAAAGCUCCCAUUGUACGUCAGGAGGAUUGUCACUGGAGCAACUCAGAUUUCGUCUUGUUCACUUCGAACCGGACAUUUUGUGCGGGUUUAAGAAAUGGAAGUGGUCCUUGCAACGGUGAUAGUGGAAGCGGUUUUGUGAUGUACGAUCCUAAAACGGAUCGUUACUAUUUGCGAGGAAUCGUUUCGAGAUCGUUGCUGAAUAGAAUCACUAUGUCUUGUGAUUUAAAUCAGUAUAUAGUUUACGUGGACGUUGCACAACAUUUGGAAUGGGUACGAAAUAUGAUCUCGUCGUAGAACAAUUUUUUAUGAUCUGUAACUGUAAAUAUGUUAGUCGAUUAAUUUUUAGAUAUAAGUUAUUAUUUUAUAAUUAAAUAAUUUGCUUAUAAUCUGUAAAAUAAUACCAAAUCAAUAACGAGUCGAUUGAUGAUAAUUUAAUCUCUCAUGACUGUAAAAUGUAAAGUUUAAAAGCAAUGCAUGCGACAUUUUUGACUGCUUAUAUUAGCUUUUCAUAUAAAUAUUUAAUAACAUCAAUGAAUAUACAAAAAUACAAUUUAUCUGUAAAAAUAGAUAAUAUAUUGUAAUUUAAUUUUUUUAUACUUAAUAGUAUAUAAUAUUUAUUAUUAUUGAUGUAGUUUUGAUCUUACAUUUUAAUAUUUGCAUAUGUCAUUAUCAUUUUCUUUUGCACAAAACAUAUCUUUUCUUCUUUCUUUUUAUAAUCAUAGUUUUAUAUACUAUUGUACAUAUUCUUAUAAAUUUGUAGAGAAUUGUAAGCCACUUAUUCUACAAUCAAACUUAAAUUAUCCCAUUAUAAUAAAUGUUUAUAACAAA